AUGCAGCACCCCACCAUCUCCGACGUCGCCGAGCACGACGCGCAAGACGAGGACGAGGACGAGGACGACUGCUGGACGGCGCUCCAGCGCGCGGCGCUCGCGGGCGACCUCCCAGCGGUGCGCGGCGCCCUCGCCGCGGGCGCGGACGUCAACGCGCCGGCGCGGGGCUACUACGGCCGGACGGCGCUCCAGGCGGCGUGCUCGGCGUCCCGGACGGAGGUGGUGUCGGUGCUCCUGGCGGCCGGGGCGGAGGUGAACGACCGGCCGGGGAACAACGACGCCAAGAACGCGCUGCAGAUGGCGUGCGGGAGGGCGGACGGCGGCGGCAUCGUGCGGGCGCUGCUGGCGCGGGGCGCGGACGUCAACGUGCCGGCGGCGCGGUACUUUGGGGCGACGGCGCUGCAGAGCGCGUGCGCGGCGGGGGCGGCGGACGUGGCCGAUCUGCUGCUGGAGGCCGGGGCGGAGGUGAACGCGGCGCCGGCGGCGACGGGGGGGCGGACGGCGCUGCAGGCGGCGGCGGGGGGCGGGUUCGAGGGCAUCGCGAGGGCGGUGAUGGAGCGCGGCGGCGACGUCAACGCGGCGGCGUGCCGGGCGCGGGGGCUCACGGCGCUGCAGGCGGCGAGCUACGGCGGGCACGAGGGGCUGGUCGGGAUGCUGCUCGAGGCCGGGGCGCACGUGGACGCCGAGGGGAGCCGGUUCAAGGGGGCGAGGGCGCUGCACGCGGCGGCGGAGGGGGGCCACGCGCGGGUGUGCGAGAUGCUGCUGGACGCCGGGGCCGAGAUUGAUGCCGGGGCCGGGGCCGGGGCCGGGGCCUGGGGAGGCCGGCAGACGGCGCUGCAGUGUGCGGCGGCGAGGGGACACCAAGAUGUGGCGGGGCUGCUGCGAAGGAGGGGCGCGACGGGAACGGAAGGUGGAGGGACGUUUCUGUUUGAUUAG